AUGGGUAAUUCUUCAUCAACUAAAAAAAAUCAAUCAAAAUGUCCAUUUAUAAACAAUGAAACAUCACCACCAUUAUCAAAAGCAAAUGAUGAAAUUAAAUUAAUUUGGACACCGGAUAUAAAACCAUUAAAACUUCGUAAUUAUCAAACAGGUGAAAUAGCAGAAGUAACUGGUCCAAUAACAAAUAAAUAUAAUGAUUGUCGUCAACAUGUAUGUACAUCAACAUAUAUGCCACUUACUACACAUCCUCAUCAAACUCAAAUAAAAACUGAAAAUUCAAUUAAUGAAUUUGAAUCAUUAGAUGAAAAUUAUGUUAAAAAGGAAGCACAUAAUUUUCUUUCAAUUUAUCAUAAUGAUAUGAAAACAUCAGAAAAUGAUUAUGAAAAACGUUUAAAACAAGUUAAUCUUGAAAUAGAAAAAACUGGAACAUACAUUCAUAAAACUGAUGAACUUGAAUAUGGUUGUCAAUUAGCUUGGAGAAAUUCAUCACGUUGUAUUAAUCGUUUAUAUUGGCGUACAUUUAAAGCUCUUGAUCAUCGUAAUAUAAGAACAAAUGAUGAAAUGUUCAAAGCAAUUUGUGAUCAUAUACAUUUUGCUUAUAAUGGUGGUACACUUCAAGCAUCAGUUCUUAUUAUGAAUCCUAAAUCACGUGUUUGGUCAUCACAAUAUUUUCGUUAUGCAUGUUAUGAACAAUCUGAUGGAUCACUAUUAGGUGAUCCAGCAAAUUUAGAAUUAACAAAAAUAGCUAUACAAGUUGGAUGGAAUAAAAUUGAAGAAAAACGAACACAAUGGGAUUUAUUACCAAUUAUUGUUCAAGUUGAACCUAAUGAAGAUCCAAGUUGGUAUGAACUUCCAGAUGAUUUACAAUUUCAAGUAUUCUUAUCACAUCCUGAUAAAAAAUAUGAUACAGCAAUUAAAUCAUUAGGUUUACGAUGGUUUGCUCAACCAUAUGUUAGUGAAAAAGCUAUUGAAGUUGGUGGAAUAUUUUAUCGAUGUGUUCCAUUUAGUGGUUGGUUUAUGGAAACAGAAAUUGGUAGAAAUCUUUGUGAUAUACAACGAUAUAAUUUUAUUCCAAAACUAGCUGAUUUAUUAGAUAUGGAUAUAACUGCUGCAGCUAAUAGUCAAUUAAAUAUUGAUCGAUUAUAUGUAGAAAUUAAUGCAUCAAUUUUAUAUUCAUUUGAAAAAGCUAAAAUAGCUAUUGUUGAUCAUCAUACAGCUGCUACUGGAUUUAUGAAAUUUAUGAAAGCUGAAAUAAAACAACGAGGAAAUACUCCAUGUGAUUGGGUUUGGAUUGUUCCACCGAUAAGUAGUGGAAUGAGUUCUGUAUUUCAUCAAGAAAUGCUUAAUUAUGUUGUUAAACCACGUGUCGUAGAUCAAAAUGAACCAUGGCUUAAUUAUACACCAAUGAAAAAACAUAAAGAUUUACUUGGAAUACCUUUAAAUAAAAGAAUUCGUCAUCGAUGGUUAAUUCUACGUGCUGCACGUGUUAUUAUUGGUUUUGCAUUAGUAGCUGUGAAACAAAGAAUAUCUGUAAAUGUUCUUUAUGCAUCAUCAAGUGGUACUGCUUAUUCAUAUGCUCAACAAAUGUAUAAACAAUUACUUUAUAUUGGUUAUAAUCCAUUAUUAAAUGAAUUAGAUUCAUUUAAAUUUUUACAACAUAAUAAUGAACGAUCAAUUAAUCUUAUUAUUACAUCAACAUUUGGUCAAGGAAAUGCAUCUGAUGGUGGUAUUAAACUUGAAGAAUGGUUAAAAAAUCCAGAAAAAACUUUUGGUAAAAAUUCAAAUGAGGAUAAAUUAAUAUCAACUAUGCGUUCUCCAUUGAUGUGGUGUACAUAUGCUGUUUGUGCUAUUGGUUCAUCAGCAUAUCCAUUUUACUGUGGAUUCGGAAAAUUAAUAGAUGAUACAUUUGAAAAAUUAGGUGGAACACGUCUUAUACCAUUUACUAUGUGUGAUGCACUUAAUCAACAAUUUAAAAGUUAUAAUCAAUGGGAAACAAUUGCUAUUCAUACAUUAAGAUCAAUUUAUCCACAUGCUUGUUUACGUCCUGAAAUUCUUUCAACAUCUUCAAUAAAUACAAAUAUUUCUCCUGGACAAGAAGUUAAUUUAAAUAAUUCUUUUCGAUCUGAUUAUAAUUCAUUAGAAUUUUAUCCAGAGAAAAUAAAAAUACAACAAAAUCAAUCAGAAGAAAAAGGAGUUUUUACAAAAGAUAAACCAUAUAUUGCUACUGUUAUACAAAAUAUUGAAUUAAUUGAAAAUGAAGAUAAAUCAUCUAAUAUAGAUAAUGAACAUUCUGUUCGUUUAAUUGUAUUUGAUACAUGUGGUUUAUCUUAUCUUCCAGGUGAUCAUGUUUGUAUUUUACCUGAAAAUUCAUUAACAAAUAUUAAUAAUCUACUUUUGGCUUGUGAUUGGAAAAUUGAUGAUGAACGUUUAGAUCAACAUUGUUCAUUAUCAUCAUUUACUAAUAAUAAAUAUAAUACAAUACGAGAAAUUUUAACAUAUUAUAUUGAUUUAAAUAUAACACCAAAACCACAUGUACUUAAUACAAUAUCUAUAUAUGCUAAGGAUGAAAAUGAACAAAGAAAUAUAUUAGAAUUAGGUAUCCCUUGA